AUGCCUCACAAAGAUACUCCCAACCCAUCCCAACCCAGUACACCAAACCCACCCAACCGGAGGGAGGCGCGACGCGCCCCCAACGGACAGCUCGACAAACCCGACCACAGACCCCAUCCGGCACGACCGCCUCCUUCCUGGAGAACGCGGUCGGAAGGGGCGCUGGACGCAGAACGCGCGACCACCCCAACCCCGCAGUCCUACAACGACGUAGACAUGACCAUGGGAGACCAGAACGACCCAAACCGGCGCGUCCCAUGGGACGAAGACAUCGAGUCAUCCGGAGACGAAAAUGACCAAAGGGGAAUCGACCAAGAAUCCAUACAGGCCGACAGAUUCAGCCACCUCGCAGAUCGCUCGAUGAGCAGGGACGAGAAGUUAGAUCACCUAUACAACUCCCUCUUAGACGCCGGGUUCUUCGUACAGGCAUUGGAGAGUGGGGGAGAAAUGGAUAUUGCAAGGACUGACCAAAAAAUCACAGGAUGCAUGACGGGCCUAUCAAACGCGCUCCUCAACCAGCCAUACAGAGUCAUCAUGGAACAGCAAGCAGGCCUCGCGAAGGCAAUCCACGAGAUCAGCAAGAACAUGACGACGACCAUGGAGAACAUGGCGACGAUCAUGGAGAAUGUUCAGAACAACGGAGAAAAGAUUGAACACAUGAAGAAUGAGACAGCCAACAGCCUAACAGCAACCUCAGACCGGCUCAAAGCCUUGGAAUCCCUGGCCACCGACACUCAGUCACGAAUCGCAAACCUGGAAAACCGAGGUGCUGGACCCCAAACACGAAACACGGAACCCACCUCAAACCCAAGCCACACAACAAGCCACGCCACUGGCCCGACGUUCAAACCCAAAGGGAAAACUGAGGGAAACCCGGGACCAACCAAGAAGAGCACCAACCCAGCAUCGGCCCAUCACCCAAGCCGAGCGGUCAUCCGUUUCCUGCCUGACGGGAUUAGGGACGAAGACCGCCUAGACCCAAUGGUAAUAGUCAAUACAAUCAACAACGCCCUCGCCAACGCACCCUCCCUCAAGGCCAAGCACAUCAGAGCUGUAACUGCAACCUACAAUAACCAAGGUAACCUCAUCGUCUCAACGCGUGCUGACCAACGCGCCGCAGAUCUGCUCCAAUACGCAGAGCUCUUCAUUCCGCUAAUCGACCAAGGAUACAACACAAGUGUCAUAGAAGACAAAAAAUGGUUUAAGAUUCAAAUCGACGGC